UUGGCAGCCAGGAGAGGGGCAGCUGCUGCCCUCUUCAGAUAAUCUCUCUAUUUAAAGUUCAAAGUGACCCUGGAAAACAGUAACAAGUAAGCCUGGCGCUGAUCAGCCCACCCAACGACAGGAAGAAUGGCUGAAAAAGAAUCUACAUCAUCACGCAUUCUGGUCCCUAUUCUUCUCUUGAUUGCCUGGAUUGUGGGCUGCAUCGUAAUGGUUUACAUUACCUUCUUUUAGAAAGGCAAGACGACUUCAGACUGAUGCCAUUUAGAAGAAUGAAGACAAGUGUGAACAUGACAGAUUAUUAAAUAUGUCUCAUGUAGACAACUGCAAUGUUUGACACUACUUCAUAAACUUGGAUUUGUAAACUGAUA